AUGUCCUUCAUGACACAGGAUAUGCCCUCGUUCGACCAUUACGCUUUCAACCUUCGUGAUGGUCUACGAAGAGCCGCAGUAGAGACAUUAUCAGAGUUGGAGGGAAGUAUAAAUGAUCUAGGUUACGGAUGGCUGGAUGGGUAUAUGGAGCAAAUCAUGGAUAGACAGAACAGAGCUCCCAUAACCGAACUUAUGAAGACUCCUUCUCGUACUCAGACAGUCAAGAAGACUAGAGCGACCACUGCUGCUGCCAAGGAACGAACUGAUAAAGUCAAAGAUCUCAAUGCUCAUUUGGCUUUAAGCCCAAGUACCAAACAGAAUUCCCGAGUCGCUCUCUCACCACUCCAACCACGCUCACUUAACGUGUCUACCCUUUCGCCGACACCCGUAGCAUCUCCUAAAGGCGCUGCCAGCCCCAUCAAAUCCAAACCUGCCGAAAAGGCAAAAUCCAAACCUAAAGCUACCAAGAAAGGCAAAUCUAAGAAAGUGGUCGAGAAUGAUGAAAAUUCACCUCCUACUUCUGUUGAUAAUACUUCGACCUCGAUCUCGACUUCCGAGAAAUCUAAAUCAUCUUCAUCGGCUUCUACCAAGGAUGAUGUAGUACAGAAAAAGUCGAAAUCGACCCGAUCAAAGUCCAAAAAGGAGAAGGAGAAGGUGGCGGACGAAGAAGAAAUGGCCGAACGACCUGUUGUCCAAGCUAUUGAAGUGGAAUCUGUAUUGCCGGUUGUGGAAGACGAGCCUAUGCGGGACGUUCAAGUAGAACAAGAGGAAGAUAAACCUAUUGAAGUAGAAGAGGAAGCUGCAGGAAUUGCACCAGUCGAGGCUGUAGUAAGGGAAUCGUCCCCAGAGACUCAAAGGAAUGCUUUAUCUUCUGUUCCUGAAAAAGGUUCUUCCCAACCUGACGAGGAGGCAGUGGCGAAAGAUGUCGAGGUGUCAAUGGAUGAGAAGGACGAGGAGGAGGAGGCGGCAAUGGAAGUCGUGGAUGAAGAAUCACCUGAAGUUCAGCAUGAUGUCCAAUCCGGAAAAUCUGCACCCGCCAAAGGAGAAGGCAUUCCAGCUGACCCUCAACAAGAAGAACCGGAACGUAAAGUCGAUCCCACCAUGCCAUCCUCUUUCGCCAACCGUACGAUGGCUACCGGCACUUCUCAACCUGUUCGGCAAGUCCGAUCUUCAUGGCUCAGUAAAGCUCUUGGCUCAAAUGCUGUCCCCAUCAAUGGUCUACCAAGCAACGAGGCCAGCACAGCUUUGCGGAAAUCAUACGCAUCUGCACAGAGACCUAGUACUACUGUGGACUUUGAUGGAUUGAGGAAGAGUGUGGUUCCUAUCAACGGACUCAAGCGUAAAUCGGAUCAUGGCGUGGACAAAGAACAGCAGGAGGAGGAAAAAGUAGAAAAUGAGCGAAGACCAGAGAAAACAGCUAAAUUCAAUGUCGAUAUCCCUGCUCCCAACUAUACCGAUGCUUUACCCGCUCGUACACCUGGUGCGAUGGGACGACCCACCAUGCCCAGUAAAGCACCAUCUUUCGGGUCAACUGGUCCAAUCUCGCAACCGAACUCACUCGGGCGAUCGGUCAUCCAAACGGACAAUGCUCGAUCCGAUAUACAUAAGGUCACCAGAGCGCUUGACGAACUUCGAGAAAAGACAGCUGCAAAGGAAUUAGCCAAGCAGAAGGCUGCAUUGGCAGCUUCCCAAGAGGCUGGAGCUGGUCGUGUACAACAAGCUAAGAGUACUGGUACUGGAUUCUUGAGAGGGCUAGGUAGUAUUGGUGCUGGAUUAUUAGGUUUGGGAGGCUCUGAUCCCGAAGAAGAAGCACAGAGAUUAGCCAGAGAGCUGGAAGAAGAACGAUUGGCCGAAAUGGAGUUCAAGAGAUUGAUGAAUGAAGCCACCAGGCCUGAUUCACCUGAACGCGAGAAGGAAGAAGACAAACAUAUGGAUGUUGACAAACACCCAGAACCUGAAAUCCAAUUCGGCAGAUCUAUAACACCAGAAGUUACUUCGCCUCGACAACAACCCCAAGCACCCAAGUCACCAGAAGAGGAGGAAGAGGAAAUCAUCGAAGAGCAGUCAGUCAUCGAAGAACUCAUCCCCGCUGACUCGAGAGUUUCAAUGGCUACUAGUCAACGACAACCUUCUACUCCUAUCGAGGAAGAACCUCAAUCGACCACUCCGGCUGGUACACCUGCUCGGCCCGCAUCUCAAUAUCAAGCUCCAAUAUUGCAUGGUAGGAUAGAGAAACAUGCUCAUGAGCCCUCUGUAGCACUACAGAAGGAACAACAGAGAGAUGCGUCUAUCAAGAAAGAUGAAAGAGAAGUCGUCAAGGAACAGAAAGAUGCUCGCAAAGCCAAAGAACCAAGUGUACACGAAGACGAGGAGAUGGAAGAGGAGGACAAACUGGAUGAAAUGAGCGAGGAAGAAGAAGUGAUCCAAAUUCAAAAACUUCAUCGUGCUCCUGUUGUUGAAGUCAAGACUCACCGGAAAAUGCCAUCAUCAUCCAGCGCCGCUCCCACUCCGCUCAAUAUGUCUACAUCCUCGAUAGCAACCUCCGGAAGUAUACUUACUCAAGGUCAAAAUAUGGCUGCCAAAGCUCUAGGAGUCAAACCUGCUACGGGACCCGUCAAGAGUCUCCAACUCGCCGCAGCUGCUGCUAAGAAAGAACAAGCUGCCGCUGAACGUAAAGCGACUCUCAAAGAAGCUGAAGCUCGUCGACAACAAGCUGCCAAGAAGAAAGCUGAAGAAGACAGAAUCAGAGCAGACGAAGAAAGAAAGGCUAAGAUUGCGGAAAUUGAGGAAAAGAGACGUCAGAGAGCUGAACUUGAGAAGAGACAGAAAGAACGAGCCGAGAAGGCUGCUUUAGCGGCUAAGGAGAAAGCAGAGAAGGAGAAGGCUGAUAGGGACGCACAAGCUGCAAAAUUACGUGCUGCGGAAGAGGAAGCUGCCCGAAAGCGAAAGUUAGCUGCUCAGACUGCUGCUCUACACAAAUCCCAGAAUAAAGCUCCUUCCGGAUCAUCCUCUUUACAACAAUCGCAAAAGGGCAAGGAGCCUUUCCGACCUACUAAACAAGCUACUCUGGGAUCAUCAGCUUCGACUAUGGCUCUCAACGGUAAGAUGGGUCCAUCGGCAUUCCGAACUGCUGAGACCGCAACUCAAUCAUCGACUAUCACUCUAGUCACUCAGAAUCAGCCAACUGGAAAUGGAGAAAGAAAACCUUUAGGACCACCUUCUCGACCAUCUCAACAUCAACCUGCUCAGCCCAUGAGAGCAUCCACGGCUGUACCAUCUCAUGCGAAUAGUAUACUGCAACAGAGCAGAGUAGCUCUUCAAACUCAAUUGGAUGAGAAGGCAGCUAUGAUCCAGAGUGAAGAUAUCGUUUUACCUGAUAUUGCAUCUGAAUACUCUGAUUCGGACGAUGAAGAUCGAACUAAAGAUUUCAUUCCUCCUACUUGGGCCGAAUCACCCCAAUUACGUGCCGCUCUCGAAGCUCAGGCUCAUCGUAACCCUGAUGAAUUGUUUGGUCCGAUCAAACCUCUAAACAUGGAAGAACUGUUCAAAGUGAAGACCAAUAAGUUCAGAGCUAGAACUUCUUCUGCUAAUUGGAGUAAGACGGGAGAUGGAUUGACGAAAGCUGAGGAAAUUGAAUAUGCCAGAAGGAUGGGGUUUAAGGCUAUACCUUCUAAUUUGGGUGGUGGUAGUGGGAGUGGACGAUAA